UUUUAUUUAUUUAUUAUUGUGUUAUUAGCUUUCGCUUGCCGAUUGGAUUUAUAUGUGUUUUUAUUUGUUCAUUUCGGUGUGAACCCGGAAAAACACAUUUGGAACCAUUUUCAAUUUGAACAAACAAAUAAGUUUUUCUUUGAUUCACACUCAAGUUGGAUUGGGCUGGAAGAAGAGUAGUCAGUGUAUUUUGAAUGAGAUAUAGAGAGUGGUGGGUGCACGAAAUAUUAUUGGUGCUUCAUAAAUGACCGCAUUGAAUGGAUAUUAAAUUGCAUUUCAUUCAAUGCAUCAGUUUCAGCCUUCCGCAUUGAAAAAGCUCCAACAGUUUAGAGUGAGAGGCAACUAACGGUGGUAACAACGACAGCAAAAGAACGAGAGCUUUGAAUUCGAAGAUAUUCUAUCGUCGCUGAUCUUUAAUAAUCAUAUUUUGUCAUUUUGGCGUGUGAAAAGACAGAAAAAACACAAGUGCGAUAAGACCAUUAAAAGAAGAAUUUCAUUGAGUGUAGUGCACCGUUCACAUAGAUCUAACGCAGGUCGUGAGAGAGAGUGAGAGAGAGAGAGAGAGCAGUGCGUUAUAAAUAAAAAUGAUUGACACAAACAUUCAAUCAUUAAAACUAUCGUGCUUGUUAAUGCUCGUACUAAUGGAAGCGGUGAUGGGAGUAAGUAUCGCAGAGCCAAUAGCGAAUGCCCAACCAGAACCAGGCGGUACGAAUGGCCAAGCAUCAAACUAUACGAACGAAGAUAAAGACUAUGGAGUUACUUGGAUGUAUAUUCCCGAUGGUAAUGGUGUUCCACAAGUCGCGUAUCUGAUCGAAGAAAAAGGAUCAUCGCGGGGCCGUGAUAAAAAUACCAGAGAUGCCGUUCGUUUUGAACUGUAUACGCAGCAAUCACGCGAACCAAAAACGAUGAAAAUGGACAGACGGAAACGGCGUAAUGUUGAAGAUUUUACGGCAGCAUUCAACAAAGAUUUGCCAACAUACGUUGUGGUACAUGGUUGGAAGUCGAGCACAAGCAGUGACACGGUACAGGAUAUCAAGGAUAAUUAUUUAAAAACCAGAGACUGCAAUGUAAUCGGCGUCGAUUGGAGUGAUCUAGCAAAGAAUAAUUUUUACUUCACUCCUGCCCGCCAAACACGAGAUGUUGGCAGCUACAUAGCUGAAAUGAUCGACUUCAUGUGCACGGUAAAAGGCGCUGAUAUCAAUACAUUUCAUUUGAUUGGUCACAGCCUUGGAGCCCAUACAGUUGGAUAUGCUGGAAUGUACACAAAAACCGGGAAGAUACCACGAAUUACUGGAUUGGAUCCGGCAAAGCCUAUGUUCGAAGAUACGUCAGACAAUGAUAGUUCGCUGGAUAAAUCGGACGCUGAAUUCGUGGAUAUUAUUCAUUCAUGUGGUGGUCUUUUGGGCUAUGCAAAACCACUGGGUCACGUUGAUUUUUAUCCUAAUGGCGGUCGAGCAUCUCAGCCGGGCUGCGAAGGAAUUUACAAAGAGCUCUUAGAGGCAUGCAGUCAUGGUCGAUCCCAUCAGUUUUUUGCCGCUUCCAUAUUUAAAAAGAAUGUCUUCACUGGUUAUCCAUGUAAUUCAUAUGAGUCGUAUCGGGCUGGCACGUGUAAAAAGGAGAAUGGCAUUCAAAUGGGUGAUCCGGUGCCGAAAACUGCUCGUGGCGUUUACUACUUGCAAACGUCCGAUUCAUCGCCCUAUGCACAGGGUCGCAAAUAAAUUAGAUAAUAAUCUAUACAUUAUUUCAUUAGCGAUGAAUUAAUGGCGCUCUUCUCUAUUUGUAGCCUUUUUUUUUAAAUUCACAAAAUACACACACACAAGAAUCGGUUAAUCGGGACGAACAAGAGGAACAUUUCCUUUGUUCAAUUAAUUUAUUUGAAUUUGAUGCCUGAAUUUAAGAUAUUUAUUUAUUUCAUGCACUAAUUUAUUAUCAAGUAUUUAUCAUUGUCAUUACUGCAACAUAUUGAAGUAAAUUUCUCUUGAAGCUAAUAAAUAUUCAUUCGAAUGUGGUUUGAUCCUCAAAGUAACAAAAUAUCACG